UCCAAGUAUUUUGUCUAACAUUUGACCAGGAAUCAAUCUUAUUCCACUUCUGAUUGUAACAGAUUCCUGUGCACAAUUGCACAAUUUGGCUCCUGUACUUCUGAUAAUGCAUCAGUAACUAUAUUUCAGAGGAACUGCACUGGUUGUAAAAUGUUUCAGAAUAACCAAAAGUCCAUGGGAGGAUCGACUCCAGUCUCCGGCUCCAACUUUCCCAUCACUAUGUUGAACCAGCCAGAGUCCAGCGAGAACUUCAACAAAGAAGCCGAGAGGAAUAAACCGAUGCAAGACUACCAAGAGCUGAGAUAUGGAAUGCAGGACAGGUUCUAUUUAAUGGGAGACCAGUGUCAAAGCACCCCGGACUCUGUCCCCCUCCCAUACCCGAGCCAGCACAUCUCGGCCACUGGAAUCGCCGUGGGCAACGCCAGCAGAUAUUUGACACCGGCAUUGCCCAACUGCCCGUACCCUGGCAAUAGAUCGCAGGUCCCCGGAGCGCCGAGCUACCCGUCGCCGGGAACUGAGGUCUACGCGACAGGCACUGAUUCAUUCUCCGCCCCCUAUCCUCACUUCCAGCGGACUUCAAUCUGCACUGUGCCGGGGUUGCAAGUAUCUGGCAAGGUACAGGUUAUACUGUGCAACUACCAACUCUGGACUAAAUUUCACAAACAUCAGACCGAGAUGAUCAUCACCAAACAGGGCAGGCGGAUGUUUCCUUUCCUGAGUUUUAACAUCACGGGGCUGGAUCCUUCUGCUCAUUAUAAUAUUUAUGUGGAUGUUGUCCUGGCAGAUCAGCAUCACUGGAGAUACCAGGGAGGAAAGUGGGUACAAUGUGGCAAAGCAGAAGGCAAUAUGCAAGGUAAUCGGAUGUACAUGCACCCAGACUCACCGAACACAGGGGCUCACUGGAUGCGCCAGGAAAUCUCCUUUGGUAAACUCAAACUGACCAAUAACAAAGGAGCAUCCAACAAUGUCACUCAGAUGAUUGUGCUGCAGUCUCUACACAAGUACCAACCUCGGCUUCACAUUGUACAAGUGAAGGAGGAUGGCACUGAAGAUCCAUACCUUACGUCAAAAAUGCAAGCAUUCACGUUCCCCGAAACACAAUUCAUCGCGGUGACUGCCUACCAGAACGCAGACAUCACCCAACUUAAAAUAGAUCACAACCCUUUCGCAAAAGGCUUCCGAGACAAUUUUGACUCAAUGUACACCAAUUCGGAAGGAGACCGACUAACUCCCUCUCCACCAGACCAGCAGAACUGCCAGCAGUUGGUUCCCAGCCCACGUUACCAGCCUUUUCUACAUGACCAGUACAUGAACGCCCUGCCACAGGGUAGGUACUACAAUGGGGAACGGACUGUGUCCCACACAUCCAAACACCGGGAAGACAUUACAAACCCUCAUCGCUGGUUCAUGUCACCGGUACAGCAGUCCAGCACCAACCGGCUAGAUUUCAGUACAUAUGAUCCUGAAUACACAGGGAAUGCAUUUAUGACUUACAGCAUGAAAGGUUUUCCUCUUCAAGCAAGCCCCCAUGCCCUUGGUUACUACCAGGAUCAUCCAUUCAGUUCAGGGAAUACCUGGGGCACCAGGGGAACCUCUCAGUAUCACCACAGCAAGCCUGGUUCUGCACUGACCUGGUACAGGCCUGUAGGUGAUACCAGGCCAACGCUGCCCAAUGUAGAGGACAAAAGCAAGGAAACAGAGGACUCUUCCUGGCUUGAGCCUCCCUCCGUAAAGUCAGCGGACUCCUCGGAUUCGGGACUGUACGAGGUUGAAUGUAAACGGAGGAAGGUAUCUCCCUAUACCUCAAGCACCGAGAACUCACCCCCCAAUCAGAACAGCGAGAGGGAAAAUGGAAGUGAUACCGGGUACUACAGCUUUUAUGCCAACUGAAUCAGUCCCUUGGCAAUGGCAAAUGAGAUCAAACCCAUUGAUACAACAUCUGUGCUGCAAACCAACUCUGCAUCAAGCCCUGAUACUGAUCACCAUCUCGCCUCACCACUCACCACUGGGUUGAAGUGCCCGUUGAAAUCUAGGAAGUUAUCUACAGUUGUCCUGAGAGAAAGGGAGAAAGCUUUAUAUAACUGAAGAGUUUAAAACUGCCCUCUGAUAUAAAGGGAGCUCCCCGCAGGAUUUUGAGGCCAUGCUGUAAGUGUUUGUACUGAGGGGCUGCUGUUCUAGUCAAUGUGAUAUAAGUGGGUGUUGCAGGGAAAUAAAAACAUUUCAUUCAAGCACAAUUUUAUUAUUCACUGGUGGGUUUUUAUGUCCGGUUAUGUUAUUCUCUGUUAUGUAGGAUGCCAGCCAGAUAUCUUACAAUUGCAAUAUAUAGGGGGGAAAAAAGACCAUUAAA